GGAUGUUAAAGCACACCAAUAUGGGUUAGAUCGCGUUACACAAUCUAACCACAAAAAAACUUUAUUAUCUGAAACAUUUUCAUUGAGCUUAAAGGCCAAAGUCCACUGAGCCGAGCCGCACCCUCCACGUCCUGAGUCAGGGGGGAGAACUUCAAGGGGAGUCCAUCGCCUCUCGCUCACAUCCACACAUCUGUGUGGACAACUCCUGGGCCAUGUCUCCAUUCCGCCUGCUCACCACACUCCUAACCUUCGCAGUCAUGCUGAUGUUCCCACUUUCUGCAGACGGCAAUCAAGAUGGCUGUCCCCCUGGAAGGUACAGAACCGAGACCAACAUCUGCUGCCAGCUGUGCCCCUCAGGAACGUCUAAGGAUGAAGAUUGCAGAUCUGAUGGAGAGUUUCCGGUCUGCCUGUCAUGUGCCGAUGGAGAAUCAUUCACAGUCUCGGCAAACAACCUGACCAGCUGCAAAGCAUGCAAAGUCUGCGAAGAGCAAAAUGAGAUUUUCGAGCGUCCUUGCACCACCGUUCACGACACGGUGUGCACGUGCCCAGAGGGACUACAAAGAGCAAGCCAGUCCCUGCUUUGUGAGGAAAUCACAGGCUCAAGGGGUUGGAUUGGGGCUGUCGUCAUCGUCAUGAUCGCUACGCUGGGUGGAUUUGCCGGCCUCGUCUAUUGGAUAAAGAGAUCUAAAAAGCGUCCACAUGCAGGUGGGGUGACCGAUGUGGAGCUGCAACCGCUGCAAGAGGAGACUCACCAAGAGGCACCCACAGAGGAACCACAGGUGAGAGACGCCGUGGAGAUGAUCCAAGAGAAGAUGGCCUCGAGUGGAGGUGCCGUGUGGACGUGGCUGAGUGACCGUCGCUCAGAGCUGCUGGGGAGUGGAGGCGGUGGGGUCGGGCCCCACCUCUUGCUCGACCUCUUCCUGCAGAAGCUCAUCGACGAGGCCGAGUACUGGAAGGCACGCGGCCUCCCUGAUGCGUCGCGACGGGCACACUACGUCAUCGCCCUCAUGGUAGACAGAGGAGAGGAGGCCUGCGGGAAGUUCAGGGACAUUUACCAGGGCUUCAGUAGCAGGAAGAUAACAUUUCUAGACAUGCAGAGACAGGCUGACAUCUGCUCACCAACAUACGACCCUAACACAGCAAACGAGAUGCUUUUCCUCUCCACGGACCUCAAGACGGUGACGAGAGCAACUCAACCUCAUCCAUACCCAGAUCACGUGGAUAGGUUUGUGAGACACCCCCAGGUGCUGUGCUCUGAGAAAUUCCUCUCUGGUCGCCACUACUGGGAGCUGCACGUGGGCUGUGCAGAGCAAUACAUGGUCGGUGUCACCCGUGUGAAGGAUUUUAUUAAAAUAAAAAAAACUGAACAAGAUCUGGGACACAACGCUGCGUCCUGGUGCGUGUGGAGACGCGACGCUGAGCUCGUGGCUGCUCACAAUGGAGAAGUCACCGUGCUGAACCCGCCAGUGCCUCCCCAGCGAAUCGGGCUUCACCUGGACUUUGAAAUUAAGCAGCUCACGUUUGUUUGUGCCGAGACCAUGACGCCUCUGCACACUUUUACACUGACAUCCAAGCUUCAUUUUCAUCCUGCCGUGUGGCUGCACAGCGGAUCGAUCACCAUAGCCCAACCCCUCAGUGGUGGCGUCUCCUCCGCUCCUGAGAAGAGUCCAGAACCCGCGUCUGGGUCUAAGUCAGAGGGCUAUCAGAGGGCACUGCUGCUGUUUAGGAGACCCAAUCUCGUCCUGCAUGAGAUGUUGAUGCAGGGCCACAUCAAGGAGCACGUCUACUGGAAGGCGUACAUGGAAAAAUACCCCAGCAUGUGUGAAAAGUUCAUCCGCAAGGAAGUUAAAAGUGUAAAGAAGGACGGGGAGCUCGAGGUAGUGAUGGAAGCCACUGGAAGUAAUGAAAGAGACUUCCUCGCCAUGUUACACUCAUCAGAAAGGUGCUCUCCCACCGUGAACCCCAAUUCCGUGAACUCCAACCUCCGCCUCUCCGUCGACCUCAGGACGGUGACUCUGUCCUCCGAGCGCCACUCUUACCCCCACCACCCCGAGCGAUUUGAGAACUGCGCUCAGGCCCUGUGCCGCGAGGGCUUCUCCAGCGGCGCGCACUACUGGGAGGUGGACGUGGGCAGCGCGGAGCAGUUCAGAGUGGGCGUCGCGUGCGCCACUCUGCCGCGCGGAGGGAGCGAGGAGGCGCGGCUCCUGGGCGCGGGCGCGGACUCCUGGUGCCUGUGGAGACGCGAGGGCGGCUACGUGGCGAGCCACCGCGGCCUCCACAGCGCACUGGCGGCCGUGCGCCCUCUUCCCAGGAAGAUCGGCGUCCACCUGCGUUGGGAAGAGGGGCUCCUCUCGUUCUACUGCGCCGACACCAGGAGGCGGCUGCACUCAUUCAAUGCCACCGCCUUCCCAGGCCCUCUCUACCCCGCCCUGUGCGUGCACAAGGGGACGGUAACCAUACUCCGCCUGAGUCUACGGUUUGAGGAGGGUGAAGGAGCGACCGGUGAGGCGGAGGAGAGUGGGGGAGUGAAGAGAGGUGUGGUAGAAGGUGUGGGAGUGAACAGCGACACGAGUAAGAAUGUGGAGCUGCACACCAAGGUCGUGGAGAAUAGAGCAGAGAAGAGUGGAGUAGAGAAGAGUGGAGUAGUGGGUAGUGGAGUAGAGAAGAGUGGAGUAGAGAGGAGUGGAGUAGAGAAGAGUGGAGUAAAGAAGAGUGGAGUAGAGAAGAGUGGAGUAGAGAAGAGUGGAGUAGGGAAGAGUGGAGUAGAGGAGGGUGGAGUAGAGAAGAGUGGAGUAGAGAAGAGUGGAGUAGAGAAGAGUGGAGUAGGGAAGAGUGGAGUAGAGGAGGGUGGAGUAGAGAAGAGUGGAGUAGAGAAGAGUGGAGUAGAGAAGAGUGGAGUAGAGAAGAGUGGAGUAGAGGAGGGUGGAGUAGAGAAGAGUGGAGUAGAGAAGAGUGGAGUAGGGAAGAGUGGAGUAGAGAAGAGUGGAGUAGAGGAUGGUGGAGCAUCGCAGAUUGAGGUGGGGGACGGAGGGACUGGGGGAGGUGCUGCUGGGGAGAGUGAGGCCAGCAACGGAGCAACGCAAAACUCGAGUGGGGCUGGUAGGGGCACGAUGAGCGGAGCAGAGAGCGACGUAACUAAACUUGGGGACGUGAAUAUUGGCUUAGGGACGAGUAAAGGGGAGAAGAGUGACGUGGAAACCAGUAGGAUAGUGAAGGUUGAUGGUGGAGGAGGGAAGAGUGGUUUGGAGGAGAGUCGAGUGUUGCAUAAUGAGUCGGAGGAUGGAGGAGCUUCGAAUGAGGUGGGAGAGGUUGAAGUUAAGGAGGUCGAUGCUGGGAAUGGUGCAGGAGAGAAGAAGAGUGGGGAGGUGGAGGAGGAGGUGUAA